AUGCUUACCACCACAGCUUCAUUAACCUUGACAUCAGUUAUUCUUCUUGCAUUGGUCAUAAUAUUCAACACUGUUCAUGAUCCAUUAUCAGCCUCAAUAGGAUUUUCGAUACUUGGCUGUGCGAUAACAUGGCGACUUGUUCCCGUAUUAAAAGAUAGUUUUUUAAAAGCAAACUUGGUUGGAAAAGACUUGAAUAAACUUGAUAAGCAAAUCAUCCCGGAAAGCAUGGGUGUCGUAUGCGCGACGGUUUACCUAGUAUGCUUGUUCUUAUUUAUUCCAUUUCCAUUCAUGGAAUGGUUUACAA